UCGCGCACGCACACGCACGCGCGCGCCCCCCACUCGUGCGCCGGCGAGUUGUCAACAACGGCGACCCCGGCAGGAAACGCGCGCGAACUUUAACAAAAACCCCACCAAGCCUCAGCCGUCAAAACGUUUCAGAUCAAACAACCGCUGCACCCUAACCCACUGCUCCCGCAGCCGCUGUGCGAGAUCGGCAAGGGUCUUAUCCGCCGUAUUACAGCCAGAUCCCAUGUUUAACCAUAGCGUGCGGCCGCGCACCAUUCCUAGAAAUCCCGCCGGAGCCUGUGCGUAGGCCUCCCGCGGCACAGCCGGGUUGGGGGGUCCCGGCGACGAUGUCCGAGAACGGAGAGACUCGGCUGCCGAUGCUUCAGCAGACAAAGGCGGCCCUGAGUCGAUCGUGGGGCUUCGUGUCGCGGCACCUGAGCGUGUCAGAGGCGCACACGGUGGAGUUUUACAGCAGGGGGCUGUGGAGGUCAUACCUGGGAGACGCAGAGCCCCAGACGGUGCAGCUGCUGCUGAUGCGAGAUUCGAAGGUGAUGAAUCUCGGGCAAGCGGGGACUCCGCGUGAAGGUGGAGGAGCGCAGGGAAUUGGCGGAACGAGCUCUGCCGUAAUGGAUAUCGAGCACUUCCUUCACGAGGCACAGUCCCACACACUGCCUGGCCUGGGCAUCUGCGUGUCGACGGAUGAGGCCUUCACCAUGUUUGGCGCUGACGGAUCAGUCGGUAUUCCAGUCAGACCUGAGGACUUCAUGAGCACCAAGAAGUCACACGAGGUGGAGCUGAUGUCCAGAAUGGUGGUAACGCUGGCACUGAAAUGCAAUGUAUCACAGGUGAUAGACCUCGGCUCUGGAAAAGGAUACCUAAGCUCCUAUCUCUCCAUGCAGUUUGGCCUGAGGGUGUUUGGCAUCGAUUCAUCUGCCGUCAACACGAGGGGGGCUGCAGAGCGGAACCGCAAACUGGGCAAGUUCUGGAAGGGUUAUAAGAAGCGGGCAUCCAAGCCGGAGGAAAAAUCUGCUGCCUGCAGCCCAGGGCCUAAUGACAAAUCUAACUCUUGCAAACAGCAGACUCGUGGAGCUGUGAUCAAGCUUGAAACGGCAAACGACUUUAGCUCUUCAUCGACCAUUGAAGUUUGUGUGUGUAAACAAGGAUCAUUUUGCAAUGAAGGCACCGUUAACGGAUGUAAAGAAACGUCCUCGGAUGAGCACACGCAAAGUUAUGAAAAUGGCUCGAGCUUAACAGAAAGUAUGCAAAAUAAGUCUGCUGGAACAAACGUUAAACCCGAAGAAGGCCUUGCAGCUUCAUCAGAAUUAAAUUAUUUUUUUAACAAUCGAGAGGGUGUGGCCUUAAGCAUUGGCACAGAUGUGUCUCCCGAGGGGGACCUCCUCCUAAAGGAACUUACAGAAAUUACGGAAGUGCAAGAUCUCCGUCCGAAAGACAUGAGUGUGGAAGAGAGGGCAAGAAGGAAGCAAGUCAACCUCGAGGCCAAGUCGAGCAAGGAAGGAGGCGUUAACGCACAGACGCUCCUCACCUGCUGGAUCACUCCUGACACGGAGAUUGAGCAGCUCAUUACAGGGAUGGAGACGGGGCUGCUGGUGGGGCUGCACACGUGCGGGGACCUGGCGGCCACCACGUUGCGGCUGUUCGCUGGGAGAGCGGCGCUGCGCGGCGUGUGCAGCGUAGGCUGCUGCUACCACCUGCUGACCGAGCCAUCUCAGCUGCACAGCUCCCCGGCAGCAGACGAUGGAUCGCGGGCAUAUGGGUUUCCCAUGAGUGACCAUCUCAAGUCGCUUCACUGCACAAUUGGAAGGAACUCGCGCAUGUCUGCCUGCCUGGCACCCGAACGAGUUACUUCUGGAAAGGGGUUGCUCACUGAGUCACUGUUCUAUCGAGCGGUGCUGCAGGUGCUCAUUGAAGACCAUUAUGGGAGCCUCAGCAGCACCAAGCGUGUGGGCAAGACAUACGGAAAGUCUACCUCAUUUCUCGAUUACACCAGAAAGGCGCUGCAGAAGUUGGAAUUGGAUGACUCAAAGUUGAGUGAUGCUGACAUUCAAGAUUACUACAGCAAAUUCCUCCCUCGCUUGCCAGAGAUGGAGGCCUUUAACAUGCUCAAGGUGAUUCUUGCUCCUUGCAUUGAGGGCAUCAUCCUAAUGGACAGACUGUGCUUUCUCUUAGAACAGGAUUGUGUAAGCCAAGCAGCCCUGGUGCAGAUGUUCCAUCCGCUGACAUCACCGCGCUGCUAUGCACUCGUCGCUACCAGGCGGUGAUAUGACCUGUCCUUGGAUCGGCGGCAGUGGGCCUUCACAGCAAUAUUUAUAGUGAAUGCAUCAGCAUAUCGUAAUGGACAAGCUACAACCUUGUAUAUAUAUUUAUUUUAUACACUUUUGUCUGGAACAAGUGCUUUUACUCAUGGAUUACCGCAGUGAAACGAAUGUAAUCGGUGUAUAAUGACCAUCUUGUAUGUUUAUUUGUACAAUUCCAAAGUUGUAUGGUAUUGCUUCGGAAUUAUUUUUAACAUUUAAGGCACCAGGCUUGAUGGAAGAAACCUAUGUAAAGUCGUUUACAAUAAUAUUGUUAAAUAAAUAAUGUAUAUCUAUAGCUGUGUCUAAAUAUUUUAUAUUGUGUACAUGUUUUGCACUCGUACAACAUGCUAAGUGAUUUAGUACGUGUAUACUAAGGGAAGUAUAUAGCGGCAAUUGCUCAACAUAUUUAGCCCAGAUAACUGCAGCGCUGGGGAGACAAAGGCGGCCAAACAUGGUGCUGGUCACCCACCCUAUCAAAUAUAAAUUGGCUCUUGCCUUGUGGUGGUUACUGUGACGUUCACUGGCAAUUCAAAUAUUAACACUUACAAACAAAAGUUUUGGUACCCACUAUUGGUCAGCAGGUGUCACCAAAGAUCUGCAGUCUGUUUUUUUACACUAAACAGUGUUGGCUGACUUUUCACACAUUAUUUCACAACCACAAGGUUAUACACGUGGUUAUUUGAAUGAUGUUUACUGAACAUUGUUUUUUGCUUUCUUUGUACAGAACAUUUCACCACAUAGUGUCAAUGUAAUUUUAGUGAUGUAAAAAUGUGAUUCAGUUCAUGUAUACAUGCAUUACAUUCAUGACAGAAUAUUAAGCCCAUCUACAGUACCUGUAACUGUGUAAAGAUUUCACAUUGUUCCAGUUGCCUUUAUCACUAAUUCAUACAAGUGAUUGCUUUAUUAAAGUGUUCCUAAUCUCUUAAAUCAAUCAUGGUGUAAGAUAACAAUUUGUAAUUGUACUUCUAAUAUAGGAUAGUUUUGGUUGCAUGCAGGUUUUCAAAAUUGUUAAUUUAUUGCACUGGCAAAACUUAUCUUGUGAUCAGUGUAAAAGGAUGUUAACAUCCACUGCAGACCUCUUGGUCAUUACAUAGAAUACACGGGGCACUUUGUUUUAUGUAUUUUUGUUACCAAACAUAGAAUUUAGUCGACGAAUAUGCAUUUAAUGUCCCUGCCUUCUGUAGGCUGAAAUAUCUCAGGAACAAAUCGUCCAGGAUAAGAGAAAAGUUUGUACUAUGUUUUAAAUGAAUUUUCAGAGAAUAGAAAUGAAGUUCUCAAAAGCCAUUUUCUCUAUGAAUCAAAGAUUGCCUGCAAUGUGCUCCCAAUCAAAGAGAAUAAUGCCUCAAUUCCGGCUCCCUGGGUUGUCGCUCUGACCUCUGCUCAAGUACACGCUGUGAUUGGUUCCACAUAACUCUUGGCGCCAGUCUUGCCUUCAUGUACCGCAGUGCUGUGUCUACAAGGCUCCAUGUGUAGUGUCACACCCACGGAGGGCAUCGAGGUGACCUUGUUUCAUUUUUAGUUGUGGGCUUCUCAUUUCAAUCGAAAUGACAUUCUUAAUGUAUUCUGACCCAUUGGGUGAGAAACACGUUGCAACUAGGAAUACGUUUCAGAUUUCGUUUGUUUUUUCAAAUAUAUUCUUUAAUUUUUAGGCCCAAUAUAAAAAUGUAUGUUCUUGUUCUGAUUGAUUACAUUUAUAUAAUGCACUAAAUGUAAACAUUUUCAUAAUUUUGCAAUGUUAAAUGUUGAAUUUUAAGUUUACCAUGAAGUUCCAUCGGUAAAAAAUAUUUUUUUUAGUUUUUAUUUAAAAGCGUUUCAAUGUAAAGAAAAUGUGACAUGUUACAUAAAGAAGGAUGUCACGUGGCUGCAAUUUUGGUGAGAAAAAUGUGAAUGUGAUGUCACCCAAGUGAUGUGGCAUUUUUGGAUCCAAAACAAUUAGAUUAUCUGAAAUUAUAUCCAGGCCAGAUUUUCAUAUAUUUUCAGAUUAAUCUAAAAACUGUUUCGUGUGAAAUGUCUCGAAGUGUUAUAUGACAACAUGCAAACUCGCUGACGCAACUUUAUAAUAGCAUUGUGUUAACUAGCUAGACUAAUCCUUCAUGCCUUCUUUGUUCCAACGAUAGCCAUAGCCCAACAUUUUAACCUACAGCAGAUGUUUACGAUGAUCUUCGAGAGGUUUUGUUGAUCUGUGCUUGUACACAACUGUACAUGCAGUUCCCUGUAUUUACACGAGUAUAUUUAUUUGAACAGGUGCUGCGGUAAUCAGUGCAUUUGACUUACUCCGGAAAUUGGGACUUCAAAAUCUGGUUGAGGGAUACCUUUACCGAUCAAGCUUCCAUCACCAUCAGCCAUAAUCUAUCCACUGUUGGAUGAAGGCCUCCCCAAGCCAUUUCCAUCUCUUACAUUCCUGUAAUGCAAAAAUCCAUACAGCAUUGACAUAUGAGCUGAUUUCAUUGUUUCAUUGAUGGUUAUGCUCGUAAUGUUAUUGAUGCUGGUGGUGGUAAUGAUGGCGAUGUAUUGAUGAGUGCUGGGUUAUUCACUGUCUGGUUGACUAGUUCUGUAUUCAGCUACAUUAUAUUUAUGAUAAUGCUGGUGAUUGAUGUGAUGAUGAUGGUGAUGAUGAUAAUGAUUUGCCCCGCGUCAUUGCCAUGACAGCGAUACCUGUGAUCGUGUGAACAACAGCAGUGACCUCGAAAUUAUGGCAAUUCCAGUAUCACUGUGAUUCGUGGGCUUGUCCUGACCCAAAAUGACCCUAAAGUGGACGGGUGUCAUUCUUCCUAUUACCUCCUAUAGUCCGAGCUGUUGCAUGGAUAAGAUAAGUAAGCCGGAAGUGGUGGAAAGUUCUUCCGAUUAUUUAUCCAUGCUUUUCCACAUGGAUAACAAGAGUCAAAUGCACAGGCAAACACGGAUAAUAGGAUCCGCACUGAUCACCAACCCAAAUCAAAUCGGAUAAGGGGACAUACAUUGCACAUUACCUUCCUUUUAAAGUGAAUGUUUCAUUGCACUUUUAUCCGGGUUAAAUAUAUAUACACUUUAUAUUUGUCACUCUUAAAACCACUGACGUAAAUUUAACUGCCAAAACAGUUUGUUCAAUGUAGAAAAGUCUUCGAACUCUCUAGUUAAAGAUUUUUUUAUACAUGAUUAAUGCAAUCUCACACUUUUAAAUACGUGACGUUUCAUGAACUUGCGAAUAGUUGUAUUAACAUUGCGUAAGAUACUUCCACACCGAGUAUAAUGUUUAAGUGCCAAAUUAAUAUUUAAUUAACUAACCAGCAUAUCUCGAGGUGCUUUGGUUUUUCAAAAAGGAUGGCUUAAAUUUGUGGCCAGUGUUCAAAGUUUUUAUUUGUUUCAUAAAUCGUGAUUUUAUUCUUAAGAAUCGCUCAUGAAUGUAAUUCUCAUCUGCAGCUGAUGAAAUGUGAAAGGGUUAUAUCGAAACUUUACAUUCUU